UUUGGUUUUCACUUACCCCUUUUUAUUUCUUUCUCUCAAUUUUCUUCACCUUUCUGGAAAAUAAAACCAAACAAAACCAAACCCUUUCUCUUUCUCUUUCUCUUUCUCCUUCAUUCACACUUUCCUCUUCUCCUCCUUCGGAUCUCUACAGACAACAGCGAAAUUCGCUUGCUUCUUCGCGAUCCGAUCGAGCUGAGAAGAGAACCGAAGAGAAAUUCGAUUGUUUUCUUUCGUUACAUAAUUUCUACAACAAAUUUAGCUGCAUGAGCUGGUUUGGGAAACUUCGUUUAUUCUCCAACCUAAAUUCAUUUCACUUCAUUACUUGUUUGUUAAUUUUUAUUCUUCAUUUUUCUCCCCAAUCAACCACCUUAUUCAUCACCAAUUUUAAUACUAAUACUAAUCUCAAUUCUAAUUCUAAUUCUAAUUCUAAUUCUAAUUCCGAUUCAUCUUUUCACUAUGGAGUCGCGAAUUAAGACUAAUCCCCAAUCUCGCAAAGGUUUUUACUAUGCGAACGUUGACCAGCAGCAUGCGAGAUCACCGUCUGUUAUUGUCAUAGGCGGUGGCAUGGCUGGUGUUGCUGCUGCUCGUGCACUUCAUGAUGCUUCUUUUCAGGUUGUUCUUUUAGAAUCCCGUGAUAGACUUGGUGGCCGAAUUCACACUGAUUACUCAUUUGGUUUUCCUGUUGACCUAGGUGCAUCAUGGUUGCAUGGAGUUUGCAAGGAGAACCCACUGGCUCCAUUGAUUGGGAGGCUGGGACUACCUCUUUACCGUACUUGUGAGGAUAACUCUGUCCUUUAUGAUCAUGAUUUGGAAAGCUAUGCACUCUUUGAUAUGGACGGCAAACAAGUUCCACAAGAGUUGGUUACAGAAGUCGGUAAAAUAUUUGAAAUGAUUUUGCAAGAGACAGAUAAUGUGCGACAGGAAUUCAGCGAUGACAUGUCCAUACUACAUGCACUUUCAAUUGUUUUUGAAAGAAAGCCAGAAUUGAGGUUGGAUGGGCUUUCACACAAGGUGCUUCAGUGGUAUUUAUGCAGAAUGGAGGGCUGGUUUGCUGCAGAUGCUGAUGCCAUAUCACUUAAAUGUUGGGACCAGGAAGAAUUGCUCCCUGGUGGUCAUGGUCUUAUGGUCAGGGGCUACCUGCCUGUUAUACAUACCCUAGCCAAGGGUCUUGACAUUCGGCUGGGACACAGGGUCACAAAGAUAGCUAGGCGAUAUAAUGGAAUAAAGGUGACUGUUGAAAAUGGGAAAACAUUUGUUGCUGACGCUGCUAUCAUUGCUGUACCUCUUGGGGUGCUGAAAGCUAACAUAAUAAAAUUUGAGCCAAAGCUCCCAGACUGGAAAGAAGCUGCCAUUGCUGAUAUUGGGGUCGGAGUUGAGAAUAAAAUAAUUUUACACUUUAAAAAUGUAUUUUGGCCCAAUGUGGAGUUCCUGGGAGUAGUUGCUGAUACAUCUUAUGGAUGCAGCUACUUUCUUAAUCUCCACAAAGCAGCCGGUCAUCCUGUCCUUGUUUACAUGCCUGCUGGGCGGCUGGCCAAAGAUAUUGAGAAAAUGUCUGAUGAAGCAGCUGCUAACUUUGCUUUCACGCAACUCAAGAAAAUCCUUCCAGAUGCUUCUUCGCCGAUUCAAUAUCUAGUGUCUCGGUGGGGUACAGAUAUUAAUUCACUGGGUUCCUAUAGUUUUGAUGCAGUUGGGAAACCACAUGGUCUGUAUGAGAGGCUGCGGGUUCCUGUAGAUAACUUAUUCUUUGCAGGGGAAGCAACAAGUGUAUUAUAUACUGGGUCUGUUCAUGGUGCAUUCUCUACUGGAACGAUGGCUGCCGAAGAUUGCAGGAUGCGUGUCCUAGAGAGAUAUGGUGAGCUAGAUUUAUUCCAGCCAGUGUUGGAUGAAGGUUCAGUCAUACCACUACUGAUCUCUCGUUUUUGAUCUUAUGGAUGCCUUAUGCUGCCCCCUUAUGAGUGGCGUGUCUUCCCUCAAUGUUGUUUUGAACAGUAGACGGUUCAAUCUUUGUACCUCGAAAUGUUGUGAUUCCUAGAGGUUGAGUGAGUACAUUAUCAUGAAUAGUGCAGAAAUGCGUCAUUAGGUGUUUGGAAAUUACAUUUAGUUAUAUUUGCCAAUAACUGUGGUAAUGUGUUGGUGUUUUCUCUGUUUAAUAACAAUAUUUUUAGCUGCAGAGCCUGAAAUUUUGUUUUUUCUGGAGAGCAAGACGAUAUUAAUACUCUUUAUGGUGAAAUAUUUAUAUUUUAUAUUUA